AUGGACUGCGCGCCUGUUGCUGUUUCUCCUGCUGUCUCCUCGUCCCCCCCUCCGACUAUCGCGCCGUCUACUGCUGCCGUCUUCCUGUCCUCUUCUUCGACCAGCGCGCCGCCUUCCAUUGCCUCUGCCAUCGUGUCCUCGCUCCUCGCUCCAUCAGUUUCCAACCCUGCCAACGCUACCACCAUGGCCUCUGCGCCUGCCUCGCCCUCGGCCCUCACGCUCGCUAGCCCCCCUGUGUCGCCCCUCCCCACCGACACGACGCCCGUCAUCCUCUCGAAAUGGUCCUGCUCGUCCACCAACGCCGCCAUCACGUCCAAGUGCUGUGAUAUGCAGCACGGCGUCUUCGACCCUGUCGGGCAGGCGUGCCACAAUGUCACCAGCAAGGACUUCCAAACUUGCACCUAUGUCAUCGGAACACAGGGCGGCGGGUAUGAUAUCCCAAAGUCGACGUGCACAUCUGCUGCACCGCGCCAGACCGACCUCUCCACCGCUGUUGUGCUCCUCGCGCUGGUCGCGUGGGCUGGCUUGUCGGUCCUCGCUGCUGUCUAG